AUGGGCUGGCCAUCCAAUAUUAACGACCAUUUAUUCAACGAAGGAAACAUACAACAUCUGAAAGAAAAGGUUAAUCUGUCGAAAUUAAAACAUUUAGAUUUGGCAUCCUAUCAUAUAAAAACAUCAAUUUUAUUACAAAUAUUAAAAGAAUCACCACAAUUAUCAGAAAUGACUGUUGAUACUGAUCUUAUUCGAUCAUUCUUCGACAAUAGAGAAUUAUGUGAAUAUUUAAGCAAAAUGAUCAAAACAUCACGUAUAAUUGCUUGUCAUGGUUAUCAUGAUAUGGAAAAAUUUCAUGAAAUAUUUUCAAGUGUAGAAAAACUUUAUUGUGGCUUCGUUCGUAUGUCUUCUCAAAAUGCUUGGGAUUUUUGGAUAUCUUUAAUAAGUCACAUUUCAAAAUUUUCGGCAAUAAGUAUAUGGAACAUAUCGCCCGCGUGGAUUUAUGAAGAAAAAUUUUUUUCUCAAUUGCAAGAUGAAGCGAUAAAACGAAAUUUAAUAUUUCGAUUUAUACCUCCUGACAGAGAUAAGAGUCGACAUAUUCAGACAAAAUUACAAAUAUGGAUUGAUGAAAAGAUGGAUUGA